AUGACAGUCUGCUUCGCUGCUGGUAACGACGGCGGCGAGGCGACUGAGCUUGGCCACAUUGGUGCACAAGCAGCAGCCAAGAACUGCAUCGCUGUUGGGUCAUGCGAUAAUCAGCGCAAGGCCAAGGACAAAAGGUUCCAAGCCUUUGACGCCGAUGGAGUAGUCGAGGGUAAUCCCAACAACAUCUCGCACUUCAGCAGUCGUGGGCCAACGAUUGGAGGACGUAUCAAACCUGAUGUAGUUGCGCCAGGUUCUAUGAUUCUGUCAGCAUUGUCAAGGGAUGCGAAGCCGGAUGACAGAUUCGGUCGUUCAAGUGACCCUGCGUGGAUGUUUCUUUCGGGCACUAGCAUGGCUACUCCGCUUGUCGCAGGCUGUGUUGCCGUUCUCCGCGAGACGCUGCAGAAAGACGGUGUAGCCUCUCCAAGUGCCGCUUUGCUCAAAGCUCUGCUUGUCAACGGCGCUGUUAACACGGGCAAGAAAGUUGAAGCCCAGGGCUUCGGCAGCGUUGAUCUCGCCAACUCCAUCAUCCUCAAGGGCAUAACUACCAACAAGGGCUACCUUGAGGGGGAACUUGUCGAUAGUGAUGACGAAGAUGAGUUCGUUAAGACACUUACCCUUGGAGACCUUCUCAUGCCUGAUGGGCCAGACUCGGAAACUGUUACGUUGAAGGUCACUAUGGUGUACUCGGAUCUUCCUGGUGCUGCUUUGCAGAACAACAUCAAUCUCCAGGUUGCUGUUGGUGAUGCGCCGAGCAGAUUCGGAAACUUGGGUGAUAGACCUGAUAAUGUCAACAACGUGGAGCAGGUCAUUUGGAGUGGUAUUCCGGCUGAAAGGGACACCAAGAUCACGCUUAGUGUCACUGAACCGAGGGUUCUGCGUGGGCAUAAGCAAGCUUUUGCUUUGGUUUGGAGUGUGAUUUGA